AUAUAUAUAUAUAUAUAUAUAUAAUUGCAAGAAAACCCCCGAAAUUUGUUUCUGUCGGGAGAACUGCUUCUGAGUUGUUCGUCGAGAUUAGAGCAAAGUCGCUUGUUGCGCUGCUGCGAGCGAGACAUGUGGUGGCGCUGGCACCAAACCCUUGGGCCGGGCAGAGUACUGCGAAGAUCGCCUUGUCGUAAACCGCCAUGGCUUCCUUCUUCCUUCUCUUACUCUGAUGUCCCGAAAAAGAAGGGAAAGUUGGUACCUUUGCAGGAACGGAGGAUGGUUGAUAGGUUUAGGUUAUGGACUAAGGGAGGCGAAGGUGGAAAUGGGUGUUGCAGCUAUAGACGCAGCAGGACUGACCGUUAUGGCAGACCUGAUGGUGGAAAUGGUGGAAGAGGUGGUGAUGUCAUCCUUGAAUGCUCUUCAGCUGUUUGGGACUUCAGCAAUUUGCAGCAUCACUUGAAUGCACAAAGAGGAGGGAAUGGAACUUCAAAGAGUAAAGCAGGGAGCCGUGGGUCUGACAAGGUUGCUCAAGUACCAGUUGGCGCUGUAAUACACCUAGUUAGUGGUGAAACUUCUUUUGCUGAAAACUCUUCUAUCACAUCCUUAGACCCUUGGGAAAUACCAGGAGCUGUUGACACUGAUACAGCUAAUUCUGUUCAGCAAAAAAGUGUUAAGGUCAAUGCAUCUUGUUCAGCACUAAUGAAAGAUUUGCAUAUGUCACCUUUGUACUCCGAAGAUGAUGUUAAUAAAUCACAGCAUGAUGUCAAAAUAAGUUUUGGUUCUCCUGCCUCCACUGAGGUAGAGUGGGACAAAGACACCGAAGAUGAUGAACCAUGUUGCAAAACUACCUACGAGGAAAUUAAAGAUGAUCAAACUGAUGAUGCAAAUGAAAUCAGAGUAGAGGAAGAUGAGGAGGUGAUGAAGGAGGAAGAAGAAGAGGAGGUGGUGCGAUAUUCAGUUGCAGAAUUAACUCAACCUGGGCAAAGAAUAAUAGUUGCACGAGGAGGAGAGGGUGGCCUUGGUAAUGCUACUUCAAAAAAGGAUUCUCGCAAAAGUGUCAGUUACUGCAAUGGUGCUUCAAGUCCAGAAACUUUGGAUGGUGAAUAUCAAACUUCAUUGGCUGCUGGAAGACCUGGCUCUGAAAGUGUUCUUAUACUGGAACUGAAGAGUAUCGCAGAUGUUGGCCUUAUUGGAAUGCCUAAUGCUGGUAAAAGCACAUUGCUAGGGGCCCUAUCAAUGGCUAGGCCAACUGUGGGUCAUUAUGCUUUUACCACUCUAAGGCCCAACAUAGGAAAUCUAAAUUACGAGGACUUCUUCUCCGUCAAGGUUGCUGACAUCCCUGGUCUUAUAAAAGGAGCACAUGCAAAUCGUGGGCUUGGCCAUGCUUUCUUGAGGCACAUAGAGCGCACAAGGGUUUUGGCAUAUGUCGUUGAUUUAGCAGCAGCAUUGGAUGGGAGGAAGGGUAUUCCGCCAUGGGAGCAACUGAGGGAUUUGGCUUUGGAGCUUGAACAUCACCGGGAAGGUUUGUCAAAUCGACCGUCCUUAAUAGUGGCCAACAAAAUUGAUGAAGAGGGUGCAGAACAUGUGUUCCAAGAACUAGAGAGAAGGGUCCAAGGCGUCCCUAUAUUUCCUGUAUGUGCUGUCUUGCAAGAGGGAGUACCUGAACUAAAAGCUGGAAUCAGAAGGCUUAUAGAUGGCAGUGAGUUGCACAGACUUUGUGUCGAUAACAUAUUGACUGACUAGCCUAAGAGUUAUUUCAUAGUGAUGUAUCCACCAGCUACUUCAUUCAGAGGUCACUGCACAUCUUUUGUCAGGUGUCCCCAAUAAGUAGAAGAAAGACUUUCCAAAAUGCAGCUACGUGCUUGUUUAUCUCAAUUUUCUUUGAAUCUUGCAAGGAUGCAGAGCUUGUUAAAUGUAUUCUGUGUCAAUUGGAUGGUGGUCAACUUUGUUGAAGAUUGUGUCUAUCAAUAUUGUUUCUUACUAAAAGUGGGUAAGAGUGUUUCUUGAUUACAUCAUUAUUAUAA